GUAUAAUGUUUUUGGAGGUUAAUAUCGUAAAUCCACGUUGUCGUGAAGUUGACGCGUUCGUCUUCUUGGCAUAUUCUUCCCUUCGUCGCUCUUUCGUUCUCACAGAAACACACAGGCGGAUCCAAGUUAGGGUUUUAAUUUCUCGAAUCCCAAUCCAAUUUAGAAGGAAAAUUCAUUCCAAAUUAUUGGGAAUAUAUUGAUCGAGAAACUGCACGUAAUUUUUAGUGUGCGAGAGAGAGAGAGGGAUACUAUUUGUGAGAAAGAAUUUCAAGGCUUUGAUGAUCAACUUUGAUUUUGAUACUAUCAUUUCCAGUUUAAUCGAUCUUUUACUCCUGCACCAUUAAUCAAUGGAUUUGAAUCAGCAUGGGGGCAACAAGCGUGUCUUCCAACGACUUGGGGGUCCACCAACGGCCGACUCCAGGCAGAAGGUUUGCUUUAAUUGGCGGGCGGGAAAUUGCACUCGUUACCAGUGUCCCUUUCUCCACAGGGAAUUGCCUCCUAUGCCGGCGGCAAACGGCGGCGGCUCUAACACUUACAAGCGCGGUUUUGGGAAUGACCACAGCUUUACAGGCCCUCCAGCGGCUCGUAGAAACCCCAAUUUUAACCAAUCCUCGACUUGGGGACGUGUAGGGGGUAACCUGGUGGUGAGAAAGACUGAGAAAUUGUGUACUUAUUGGGCUCAAGGGAGUUGUAAGUACGGUGAUAAAUGUAGGUUCGUGCAUUCUUGGAGUGUGUCGGAAAGUGUUUCUCUGUUGACGCAGCUCGAAGGCCACCAGAAGGUUGUCAACGGGAUUGCUUUGCCAUCUGGUUCUGAUAAGCUUUAUACUGGAAGCAAAGAUGAGACUUUGAGGGUUUGGGAUUGCCAGUCUGGUCAGUGUGUGAAUGUCUAUAAUCUUGGCGGUGAAGUAGGUUGCAUGAUAAGUGAAGGUCCUUGGAUUUUUGUUGGUCUGCCAAAUGCUGUUAAGGCAUGGGAUAUUCAAACUUCUGCCCAGCAUAGUCUUCCUGGUCCUGCAGGGCAUGUUUAUGCCCUGGUUGCGGGUAAUGAUUUGCUCUUUGCUGGUGUGCAGGAUGGCGCCAUAUUGGCAUGGAGAUAUAAUGCAGCAACCAACGGCUUCGAUCCUGCUGUAUCACUAACAGGCCACAGCCUCGCAGUUGUUUCAUUAGUUGUUGGUGCUAACAGACUCUACUCUGGUUCCAUGGACAAGUCAAUAAGAGUAUGGAGCCUAGAAACCUUACAGUGUAUGCAGAUACUGACAGAGCAUACUUCAGUGGUGAUGUCUAUGCUUUGCUGGGAUCAAUUUCUUUUAUCAUGUUCAUUAGACCAAACAAUAAAGGUUUGGGUCGCUAAUGAUAGUGGAAAUUUGGAAGUAACAUACACACACAACGAAGAACGUGGUCUGAUCACUCUUAGUGGUAUUCAUGAUUCAGAAGGCAAGCCUAUCUUGCUAUGCUCUUGCAAUGACAACUCUGUGCGCCUCUAUGAUCUGCCUUCGUUUGCGGAGAGGGGUAAACUUUUUGCUAAGCAGGAGGUUCGUGCCAUUCAGAUUGGUCCUGGGGGUCUUUUCUUUACUGGUGAUGGAACCGGUGAAGUGAGAGUAUGGAAUUUUUUGGCUGAACCAACUGCCACUGCCCAAUGAAAGACUGGCACUGCAUAUUGUGCCGUUCCCGUAUGUUAAAACUGAUUUAUUUCUUUUUUUCUUUAUUUUUGGCCCUGGGUUCUCUUCUGAUAGCUAAGUUAGCGGGAGAAUUAUUAGUUGAGAAUGUAGUUCUGGUUUUUUUUUUUUUUUUUUUGGCUUUUUUUGGGGAGGGGAUUAGCAACAAGAGACUAGCGUACUUGGGUGUGCCAUAAUCAUAAAGAGGGUGUUUUUGGCCUGUAUGGAAAUUGUUAGACAGUUCAAUGGCUCUUUCGAUUUGUGACUUACAUUUAUAUGAUGUAUCAUUUCAUGGACUUACUUUAGUGACUUGUCUUCUCACUACACUUUAUUUUGUCAUCAA